UACUCCUGCUCGAAAUUCAAAAUUGAAAUGAAGCUUUCUUCCAUUGUUUUCUUAAUUUUUUCCAUACUUGGCUGUGUUUCAGCUUUGAAAAACCCUGUCUGCGGAGUUAAAUAUCGAGGAGUUGGCCUAUGUAAAAUGUUAAUCACGAAAAUAGUUUAUAUACCCAAUGAAAACAAAUGCAAGACGGUGCACAUUAGUGGAUGUUCGGCCGAAGGAACUUUCUUCAAAAGCAUCAAGGAAUGUGAAGCUAAAUGCAAGGAAUGUUAAAA